AUGGAAGGAGAAAGCAAAGUGAAAGAUGAUGAGUCGAAAGAAGAACAGACGAGGAUUUAUAAAAUUCUGCUCCUAACAUAUGCAAGAAGACUGUCAAAAUAUCAGGACCAAAUAAAAAAUAUUUAUUUUCACAAUAACAUCAUUUCAGCCAUAAAGGACGAAACGGGAGAUUACUACCUGAGCGAGAAUGUCUCAUCGCAACAUUAUUUUAUCGACACGUUAAUUAAAUCAAAUGAGAAUCAGGGAUUUUUAAAAAGCAUACAGUUGAUUGAGAGCAAGGGGGAUAAAGGCGAACAUAAAGUGAGCGGCGAGCCCAGUGGGGAAGCCCCCAGCGGAAAUGCAGAAAGUAGCAAUAAUGGUAGCAACGGCAGUAAUGGUACUAACGGCAGUAAUGGCAGCAAUAACAACGCUGAAGGUAACAACGAGGGGGUGAAUAACGAAGCAAGUGGCACCAACCAAACGAAUCAGAGGACCCACUUUAAUAACUACAUUAUGGAUAUCAUGGAAAGAUUUCACCUAUUCCUUUUGUUGAAAAUAUUAUUUGUUUUAUUUUUAUUUGAAGCUAGCUCAAAAAUGUACUUUAUUGUUUCUGGCUUGUUUAUCCUCUACAACAGAGGGUUUUUCGACCUCCUAAUUAGCAAUUUUAAUUUUAUGUCAAGCAAUGAAUCUAUAGAACAGGUUCUAAGGCGCAUGAGCGAAUCGAGGAAUUUGAAUAAUACGCUGGUUAGCGAACACACAGCACAGAUGGGGAACUUGGAUGAAGGAGCCCACCCAAUUAGUCAGCAAGAGGGGGGAAUUGUGGACGAAAACAACAGUCACCAUCUCACAUGCGGUUUGCAAUUUAUGCACAACGAGAGAGACGCAGAAGAAGAGUUAGACAACGGAGCGGUAGCUCAGGGCGAAGAAAACAGCACCGAUAAUAAGACGAACAAACGGGAAGAAGCAUCCUCAUCUGGGUUGCACCCUAUGAACUCCAUUAAUGAUGAGGCAGCUCCCGUUCAUGCUGCAUGGAAUGAGGGAGACCCUGCAGAUGCAGAGGAUAACGAAUUUGUAAGCGACCUGUAUGACGAAUUUAAUUACCAACUUAAUGAUGAUAAUUCGAAAGAGGCACACCAAAGUGGGAAUAAUGGCAGUGCCAAAUGUGGAGAAAAAGAUAAAAAAAAAAGUUUCCCUUUUUUUAAAAAAAAAAAGAUCGAUCAGACGACACACGGAACUGAAUUAAACGUAAAAAGUAAUUCCUAUGAGGAAUUCAACUCGUCCGUAAAUUUAAACGAAAAGGGGGAUAGCAGCUACUUGGACGACGUUACGGAUGAGCUUUUUCGCGAAAUGGGUGCCGCAAAUAGCGGCGAUGUGAAUAGCGUCGACGCGGGGAAUCUCCUAUGCGCGGGGGUGAGAAGACGAAAAAAUGUUAGCAGCGCUGAUCAGAAGGGCGGCAACAAUGAUGAUCUUAACUGCGACAGUAGCAAUGCGCGUAAUGACAGCCCAAGCAACACGCGCAAUAACAACAAGAUGUAUUUCCACGACAGCUCCACGACAUUUAACAAUCUGUUAAAUAACAGCAUGAGUGAAUUUGUCAACUCCGAUUGUGACGACUCGGAGAAUAAUAUCGACAGUGGGCAAUCCUACUGCAGCAAUUCUUCCGCAUCGAAGAAGAAAAAAGACGCUCCUCAGAGUACGCCAGAGGAGGGGGAUAAUAACACCAGCAUGAACGCGAGACGGAAGCCAACGAAGUUCGAAAAAUAUAUUUACCAGUCGGUCGUCAUGUUUUUUAUGACUCUGCUGCCCUGGUGGGUGCCCGACGUUGCCUACCUGGAGGAUUGA